UAUUGGGUCGACGAGACGGACGACAAAAUUAAACCAUAUUUUCUGGUAGGGGGCGGACCGGAGCUAUUUGUAACCCUAAUGUUAUUAUGGCUAAUAUUUGUUGUAAAAUUGGGCCCAAAUUUAAUGGCUGACAGAAAACCGUUUGUUUUGCGCAAAACACUUAUGAUAUAUAAUUUAAUGUUGGUUGUAAUUAAUGUUUAUUUUGCAUACACGGCGGCCAAAUGGCUCGACUAUGGCUUCAAGCCCUGGUUCGAUGGACUGCCGGCCCGUAACCAGUGGUCGGAUAAAGCGGUCGCUGAAUUACCCGAUAAAAUAAUCUACUUUUACACAAAACUAAUUGAUUUAUUCGAUACCAUAUUCUUUGUGUUGCGGAAAAAGUCUAAUCAAAUCACAUUUCUUCACCCCUACUUAUGGUGGAAGCGAUACAUAACACGAAUACAGUUAUUACAGUUUGUCAUCUAUGGUGUGGCUAUACUUAUUGGUUUAUAUUAUGGUCUACAAACCGAUUAUCCCAUAGCAUUGCAAUGGUUGGUCAUUUGGCAGCCGUUUAUAUUCUUUUAUAUGUUUUACCGCUUUUAUGGUAACUCUUAUAAUAAAAAUAAAGUGCAAUAA